AUGGCCGCCCUCAUCGUCGUCCUCGCCAAGCUCCUCUUCGGAUACCUAGCCGUCACCGCCUUCUUCUUCAUGCUCUCCGUCGCCGUCCCCCGCGCUGGCUUCGUCGCCCGCGUCCUCGCCGCCUACGUGACCCUCGUCUUCACCGCAAUCGUGAACAUCAUCGCCUCCGUCGUCCUCCGCCUCGCCGGCCAGCAGAACAUCUCCCAGUGGGUCGGCGCCCGCAUCUUCCACGAGUCGAUGCGCCGCACCAUUGGCGUCUCCUUCACCAUCGACGACCCCGGCAACCUGCUCGCCACCGUCCGCCCGGCCGUCUUUGUCGGCAAUCACCAGACGGAGCUCGACGUCGUCAUGCUCGGCGCCAUGUUCCCCAAAUACUGCAGCGUCACGGCAAAGUCAGACCUCAAGCACGUGCCCUUUCUCGGCUGGUUCAUGCACGCCUCGGGCACCAUCUUCAUCGACCGCAAGAACUCAAAGGGCGCCCGCGAGGCCAUGCAGGGCGCCGCCCAGGAGAUGCGCGCCAAGCGCCAGAGCGUCUACAUCUUCCCCGAGGGCACCCGCAGCUACGCAAAGGACCCCGUCUUGCUGCCCUUUAAAAAGGGUGCCUUCCACCUGGCCAUCCAGGCCGGCGUCCCCAUUAUCCCCUGCGUCGUCGCAAACUACAGCCACAUCUUCAGCCUCAAGGACAUGGUUUUCAAGUCUGGCACCGUCCCUGUCAAAGUCCUCGACCCAAUCCCCACCGAUGGCCUCACGGCCGCCGACGUCGACGACCUCGCCCGCCGCACGCGCGACAUCAUGCUCGACGAGUACGUGGCUCUCUCCGCAAAGGUCAAGGGCCAGCCGAUGCCGAUGCCUGCUUCCACUGCCGACGCCGCCGCUUCCAAAGUCAUCAGCUCCGGCGUCGACGCCGCCGCCAUCUCAUCACUCGGAGGCUCUGGGAUUCCCGGCAAAUCAUGA